CCGGAUGUUACGUCUUAAUUACCCAUCGGUCCUCUGAUGUUUGAUUGUUGACUGUUUCUGCAGUUAGCUCACAAGAGCUUUUGUUGGAUCCAUUAGUGGUGUGGAGAUCCAGACGUCACUAUGGGUGAAAGAAAAGGAACAAACAAAUACUACCCUCCGGAUUUUGAUCCUGCCAAGCAUGGAUCCCUCAAUGGCUACCAUAAAACUCAUGCUCUGCGGGAGAGGGCCAGGAAACUGUCCCAGGGCAUCCUCAUCAUCAGGUUUGAGAUGCCCUACAACAUCUGGUGUGAUGGCUGUAAAAAUCACAUCGGCAUGGGGGUCCGUUACAAUGCUGAGAAGAAGAAAGUGGGGAACUACUACACCACGCCAAUCUACAGGUUUAGGAUGAAGUGCCAUCUGUGUGUUAACUACAUCGAGAUGCAGACGGACCCGGCGACCUGCGACUAUGUGAUCGUGAGCGGGGCAAGCAGGAAGGAGGAGCGCUGGGACAUGGCUGAAAAUGAGCAGAUACUCACCACAGAGCGGACAGAGAAGGAGAAGCUGGAGACGGAUGCCAUGUAUAAGCUGGACCACGGUGGGAAAGAUAAGGAGAAGCUUACGAAGGCUCUGCCCUCACUGUCCGAGAUUCAGGACUACCAGUCUGGCUGGAAGGACGACUUCCAGCUCAACAGCUCCCUCCGCAGGAAGUUCAGAACAGAGAAGAAAGUUUUGGCUGAGCAGGAAGAGAAGGACAACGCGGUGAGAAUGAGGACCAACCUGUCCAUCCCACUGCUGCCGGAGAAAGAGGAGGACAAGAAACUGGCAGCACUGCUCACCUACCAGGCUCCUGACUCCUAUGAGGACAAGAAGCACAGCAAGCGGAAACAGAUCUCCUCUCGUUCAUGGUUCAACUCCACCUCACCUUCACCAGGGGGCGCUGCUGGCAGUCUGCUGCACAAGCUGGGCCUGCAGGGGAAAGAAGCAGCAGUGGCUAAAGCUCUUAGCGCCUCCCACAGCCCCCUGAUCCGCAAACGCACGGGAGGAUCCGGAAUCAAAACUAAACCCUGCGCCACCAUCACCCACAGGGAAUCAGACUUUGAAGUCAACACGUAUGACAAAGAUAUUUCAAAGGUCACUCAGAGAGAGGAGGGACCGAGUACGGUACCAACACAAGUGGGAAAAGAAGUAACAGAGACGAAUGACAGUGGAUGCAGGGAGGUUAAAAUCACAGAGGAAGCGGAUAAAGAACUGACAGACGCAGAGGACUUUGGGAAGAAGAAGGAGCAGGACAGAAGUUUUGGAACAGUCACAUCCCUGGUGGCAGACUACAGCGACUCCGAUUCAGACCCUGGACAAUGAGGUUGAAUGAAAAGUGUUAUUUUGUGAGAGUGAAACAGCCACGGACUGAUCAUAAUAGAAAUAUUCGGUUUGUUUGUUUUGUUUUUUAAACACAAUGUGUAAAAUAAGAUUUUAAUUUUGAGCUUGGUAGCCUGCAGAACUCAGUGUCAUACAUGUGUUUUAUGAAGACAGACUGUGUAAACACUGCAGACCCAGCUGAAAAUGUUUGAUUAAAUUGAUUUUCUGUUUCAUAUGCCCACAGAUGUGUGAUCUGACAACAAAACUGUCAGGAACCUUGUAAAUUAAAUGUUAAAUAUAGUUUAAACUGCA